CGGUUUAGUUCGAUUUGGAUUUGUUAUUUAUAUUAACACAUGAAAGUUUUAUUGAAUUUUUUUAGUUUGGUUCAGUUUUGUUCAGUUUUUUUCAAUUUCAGUUCAGUUCGGUUUAAUACGGUUUGAAAGAAAUACUACCAAACUUGAUCCAAAUUGCAUAUGGUUGGGUUUCGGUUUGGUUUAGUUCAAUUUGGUUCGGUUAAACCAGACCGAUAUGUCCACCCCUACUUUUUUCAUUCAGAGAGCAUACACACCCGCACACACGCAUUGGGAUGUAAUAUUAUACCAUUAUAGUCCAAAUUACAUCCCUCCUAAAUGUUCUCCCCUUUUGAUUAGGCAAUGAGCUCGUAUGGUUUCGAAAUCAAUCAAUUAGAACAUAAGAAGCAAAGGAUGGUUAUAUUUGGAUUUUCCCUAAAAGGAAUAAUGAACAUUUUGGGAGGGGAAAUAAAAGAUUAAUGGAAUGAGAGCAUUUUUCAUUGCUUAAUGAGGUGGAUGCAUGCCCAACUAUCCAUGAGUAAGAUGCUAAUUGGUAUUGGUUUGCUGCAGAAGAGUUGGCAGGAACAUCAUGGAGAAGGAAAAGAAGCAGGAGCAUCUUUGAAACUGACAACCUCGGGCCUAGGCGGAGACUGAGAAUGAAGAAGCAUUAUUCCAUGAAGAAAGUAGCAGAGGCGGAAGAUGAUCAUCCUUGUGGUGAAUCUCUUAAACCCGAGACACCUAAACAGUUGACACCUCGAAAGCGCCGUUCAGCAAAGAAUAACAACUUAUUGGUACAUAAAAGCCAGUUAAUUAAAAAAGAACUAGUCACAGAUGUCAGUAAGGAGGAUAUGAAAAGUUACUGUACAGGAAAAGAAUACAACCUUCAGCAAGCACUGAACUCUAAUGCACAAAAGUCUAGAAAGGAUAACCCGGCCAUUGUAGACCAACUUUAUGGCAUUCAAAGUUCUCAGACUUCACAUAGCAUUGGGAGGUUGGAUUCAGACUCUCUAAAGCAGAUGCACUACGUAUGUCAUAACAAUUACACUACUUUGGCCAUUUGGAAUGAUUUCCUUGUAUUGAUAUGAAUUUCAUUGUCAUAGAUAGUGUAACUAUGAGUAUAUUGCAGGUGUACUGUAGAAGAUCUCAGGGGGAGAAGAUUAUGCCAUUCUUUCGAAAUAUGAGAACAAAGAAUUUUAACUUCAUGCGCAUUCUCUCUGAAAGUAUGAAUGAAGAGGUCAAAGGGUCACAUAAACUAAGCAGAAAAAAGGUUAUCAGUUCGGCUCUUAGCAAAGAAAGGUCUCCAGGUGGCAAAAAACAAAAGGAAUCUAUCACCAAGAAGAAGAAUAUUGAACAGAGAGCCCUAGUAACCGUCAAGGAGAAAAAGUUGACAGAGGUCAAGUUAGAAGCAAAAGUUGACCUUGACAUAGAUACAAUAAAAGAGUGGGAAUGGUUGAUGGGAAAAUCAGAAAAAGAAGAAAAUGAGGACACUGAAAUGGCUGAGAAGUAUAAAGAAAAAUGGGAGAAGGAAAGGGAGCUUUUCCGAGGACGAAUUGCAUCAUUCAUUUCCCGCAUGCAUAUUAUCCAAGGUAAUAGACGAUUCUCUCCCUGGAAAGGCUCAGUUGUAGAUUCGGUAGCAGGAGCAUUUCUAACUCAAAAUGUAUCGGACAUCUCAUCAAGCUCUGCUUUCAUGUCACUGGCUGCUCACUACCCAAACAGAGACAUAAGUACCAAAAUGUCAGUACCUUCAGUGGAAAGUGACUCAAUUGACAAAAGGCAG